AUGGAUGCUGAAUGGUACAAUGCUGCAGCUGAAGACCAAAUCGACAAAUUCAAAGAUUACACAGAGCCUCUAGAUCUUCUGCGUACCCCAAAAAAAAAAAAUACAGUCCUACAUGUUUACAUCACGGCAGUAAAAAAGGAAACAGAAGAAUCCAUUGAAUUUGUGAAACUAGUUAUCAGCAAGUGUCCGCCGCUGCUAGAUGAGCCCAAUAUCAGAGGCGAAACUCCGCUGAAUAUUGUAGCAAGUUUCGGGUACAACAAUAUAGUCGAAUUUCUUAUUCGGAACAUCAAGAAGGCUCAAUACGACGAUCUUGAGAGAGGCGCAGAGGAGUCAACAAGUGAUAAGAUGCUGAAGAAGACAAGCCCAAAUGGAGGCACAGACUUGCAUGAGGCUGUAAGAAAUAAUCAUCCUCGAGUGGUGGAAACAUUGAUAAGAGAAAAUCCUGAAUUUGCGAACAUAGCUAAUGCCGCCAGAGAAAGCCCGCUUUACGUUGCAGCGGUGAGAGAGAACAAUAUCAUUGCUUUUAGGAUUUUGGAGAUAUGUCCCUCAUCGGCGGCAUACGCCGGUCCCAAUGAUAGAACAGCUUUGCACGAAGCUGUGAUAAGUGAAGAUACAGAUUUGACGAGAAAACUACUAGAACAAAAGAGCAAUUUUAAUGUCUUCCCUCAUAACAUGUCGACGAUCAACAGAGAAUUAAUGUCUUCCCUCCGGAAAGCGAGUGAAUCUCAUCAGAUAGUAGCCACCCUCAUACCAACAGUAACUUUUUGCGGCAGACAACCAAAAGAAAGUUUUGUUUUCUAUUCCUUUGGACAUAUCUUUUUCACUGUUGUUGCUCUGGCUUUAAUGGUGGUGGCAUUUAUGACAGGUGAGUAUGCAGUGUUGCCACAUUCCUCAUCAGGUCUUGGGGCUGCUAUUUGUGUCAUCGGAAGUUGUUUGGCUUUAUUGUGUUGCUGGGUGCUCAAGGCUGCGUUGUGUGAAUGA